UGAAUACUCUCAUAAACCUCUUCCUCUUUCUCCUCUCUUCUUCCUUUAAUUUUAUAUCUCUGAAUUUCUGCUUGUUUCUCUGUCUAGUUUCAAGGGCUGAGGCUGUGCCGCUCUAUAAACACAGCUGUUUUUCUUGAUAGCCUUGGGGCUUUGUUGGCUUCUGGUUUUAUACCAAAACCCCAUAAAGUCAAACCCUGCCAUUUUUACAGCAAAUUUUUUGCUGGAUCUGUUGCUGUUUGCGGUUCUGUUACUCUGCCAAAAAAAGUUUUUUUUUUCCUUCUACCUGUAAAUCUUGAUGCUGAAUAUCUUGUUUUUGAUGUUCGAGAUUCAUGUCUCCAGUUCUAAGUGAAAUCCUUCGUUCAGGGUUUAUGAUCAAUUCCUCUCUCAGACGCAGGACCCAUCUUGUUCAAUCUUUCUCUGUUGUGUUCCUCUACUGGUUCUAUGUGUUUUCAUAAACAAUCUUUCUGCCUGAGAUUUUUUACUUUUUAGAGCAUAUUAUAAAUAUAUCUUAUACAAUAACUAUCUGAAUUAGCUGAAUAUUGUUAUUGAGUAAUUGGGUCCUGUGUCGUUUUGAUCUAUCAGGUUAAGCCAACUGUGAAGUCUUUUUUUACUUUUUGGUUUAUUAGUGUGUUCGUUUUGUGUUUUGGUGUAAAUAUAUAUACUGUUAUUAUGGCUUCCUCUAGUGGGAAUUCCACAGCUUCCACUCUGCUUCAGAACUCUAGAUCUGAAGAGGAUCUACAGCUUCUGAUGGACCAAAGAAAAAGAAAGAGAAUGCAAUCAAAUCGAGAAUCAGCCAGAAGAUCCAGGAUGAGAAAACAGAAGCACUUGGAGGAUUUAAUGUCCCAAGUAACUAAGCUAAGGAAUGAAAAUAACCAAAUCCUUACAGGCAUCAAUUUCACCACCCAGCACUACAUGAAUCUGGAGACUGAAAACUCCAUUUUGAGGGCUCAGUUAAUGGAACUCAGCCAUAGACUUGAGUCCCUAAAUGAAAUCCUCAAUUUCAUCAACGCAAAUAAUGCAACUUUUGAGCUGGAGGCUGAUCAGGGUCUCAAUCCAAUUCCAUCUGACACCCUAAUGAACCCAAUGAAUUUGAUCUAUCUAAACCAACCCAUCAUGGCAUCUGCAGACAUAUUUCAAUACUGAUCAUCAUCAUCAUCAUCAUCAUCAUCAUCAUUUGGCAGAUAUUGGGGCAAAUUAUGGCUGUCUUUGUUCCUUUUCUUGGUGGUAUUUGUCAUGGUCCUAAUGAGUGGAUGGGAAAAAACUACUAUUAUAAUAUUAGUUCUUGAAUAUGAGAAAAUGGCAUAUUAGGAGCAAUGGUUUAUUGGGUACUUGGCUUUUGUAAUGUGUGGACUAUAAAUAUGGUGUGAAGGUAUUGGGGGUGUUCCUGGUAAUGAAGUUUAAGUGUGUGGCUUGUUAUUUUCCA